UCUACGCAGAUGGUUGUCUGAAAAUUUUGUUACGUAUAUUAAAUACGUUACGGAUUACGUGAAUUAACUCGUUAAUAAUAACGGAUGAUAAAUAUUCUUGUGCAUUUAAAUUAAUUUGCGGCGACAUUUAUAAGUGCAUUUGGCAAGCGGAUUGCGCUUUUAUUUAUAGGUUUGUGUUGUUAGAAAUUGGGCGCAAGUGCAUUCCUGGAGUGAAUUCUGUUAAGACGGAGGAUGGACAUCUCUCGGCCAUCAUGCUCCCUCCUCAUUCUACUAGCGCUCUACAUUCUGCAGCUCGCAGGAUGUAUGAACGCGAAGAUAAACUUCAGAGAAAAGGAGAAACAGAUUCUGGACCAGAUCCUUGGUCCGGGGCGAUACGACGCUCGCAUCAGGCCCUCCGGUAUCAAUGGAACUGGCGAUGGCCCAACGUUAGUUCGCGUCAACCUGUAUCUACGAUCCAUCAGCAAAAUAGACGAUUACAAAAUGGAAUAUUCGGUUCAACUGACCUUCAGGGAGCAAUGGUUAGAUGAAAGACUCAAGUUCAACAACUUGGGAGGUCGUCUCAAAUACCUGACCCUGACGGAGGCCAACAGAGUAUGGAUGCCCGAUCUCUUCUUCUCCAACGAGAAGGAGGGUCACUUUCACAACAUCAUCAUGCCCAACGUGUACAUCAGGAUCUUCCCCAACGGGAACGUGCUGUACAGCAUCCGUAUCUCGUUGACUCUCUCGUGCCCCAUGAACCUGAAGCUGUACCCGCUGGAUAAGCAGACGUGCUCCUUGAGGAUGGCCAGCUAUGGUUGGACGACUGAUGAUCUGGUGUUCCUGUGGAAGGAAGGCGACCCAGUGCAGGUGGUGAAGAACCUCCACCUCCCUCGCUUCACCCUGGAGAAGUUCCUCACUGACUACUGCAACAGCAAGACCAACACCGGUGAAUACAGUUGCCUGAAGGUCGACCUGCUGUUCAAGCGAGAGUUCAGCUACUACCUGAUCCAGAUCUACAUCCCGUGCUGCAUGUUGGUCAUCGUUUCCUGGGUGUCCUUCUGGCUGGACCAGGGCGCUGUGCCGGCUAGGGUGUCACUGGGAGUAACCACUCUUCUGACCAUGGCGACCCAAUCAUCAGGCAUCAACGCCUCCUUACCCCCCGUCUCUUACACCAAAGCCAUCGACGUAUGGACGGGAGUGUGCCUGACCUUCGUGUUCGGAGCAUUGCUGGAGUUCGCUCUGGUGAACUAUGCGUCUCGCUCCGACAUGCACAGGGAGAAUAUGAAGAAGUCGAGACGGGAGAUGGAGGCCGCCGCAAGUUUGGACGCUGCAUCAGAUUUGUUGGACACUGACAGUAAUACUACCUUCGCAAUGAAGCCGCUCGUGCGUGGUGGCGUGGUGGACACCAAGAUGCGUCAAUGUGAGAUCCACAUGAGCCCGCCGCGCAAGAACUGCUGCCGCCUCUGGAUGUCGAAGUUCCCCACCCGUUCCAAGCGGAUUGAUGUCAUCUCGCGCAUCACCUUCCCGCUGGUCUUCGCGCUCUUCAACCUCGCUUACUGGUCGACCUACCUAUUCCGCGACGAGGACGAAGAGAAGUGAUUCUUCUUGUCUACUGAGGGCGGUCCGGAGAUAGCGCGCUUAUCAAUCGCAGUACUAGCGCCCUACGCAAUGUUCGCGCUCAUCUACAUACUGUGCCUGCGCCCGACUGACCAUGACCAGCCUCAAGUCACCAUAGCGCGUCGACAUCGCCGCUCUACCAGCACCCCGCGCUGUCGGCGGCUGUAGCUCACUCUGGCGCAGGCAUUCCAGCAGCUCCUAAUCUUUCAACUCUUCACCAUCACUCCACUUACACUCGCAUAUCUAGAAAACUCCGCACUCUGCACUUAUCUUUCAACUCCUCACUAACUUCUUAGAACACUCCUCGCGAAUAGCCCUUUAAUUAACAGAAAUCCAAAAAUCAGAGCACUCACUCAUAGUAUCUUCUAAGUCAUGUCAAUCAUAAACUAAGAUUUCGCACUCGUCUACUAGUUGUGACUGCGUCCAAGUGAUCAGUCUCAAGUUUAUGAAGUCUUCGCCAGUUCACCAACACGACGACGUCGAUAACUCUUGACUCUCGUUGUCAGUGACUUUAACUUACUCUGGCGUAGUUCAUCAUCAUAUUAGCCGCUGGACGUCCACUGCUGGAAAAAAGCCCUUUGUAAUAACUUUCAAACACAACUAAGCUGACUGCAUCCAGCGGCUCCAUACAUGUAAUAUCGUCAGUCCACCUGGUAGGGGUACACAAACACGACGCUUCUGGUGCGAUGUCGUAAUUUUUACACCUUGGGACCCCAACCACCAUUGGAUCUUCGAUCAAUGUGCCCCACCCAAUGCCACUUCAGCUUUGCGACUCAUUGAGCUACGUCGGUUUUUCUGCGGAUCUCCUCACUUCUGAUUGGAUCACGCAGAGAUUCUGCGCUAGCUCAGUCCAUCGCCUGCUGAGUGACUAUGCCUUCUUAUGAGGUCAUAGUUAGCGACCAAAUCUCAGAUCAGUCACUGGCAACACGCAUUGUUUGAAGAGGCGAGAACACUGACGCAGUUACUUAGAAUACGCAAUUAGCCAUUUUAUUUACAUAAAUCGUUCCAAAAGUCAAAGCUCGUCGGAAAUUCCUAGUCUCUUGAUAUGUCUUCGUCUAGCACUCGCUCUGGCACUGUCCCACUCGACUACAUAUAGAACACUUCUUGCGAAUACAGCCUUUAGAUAAUAACCUAAACCUUUCCAAAAAAAGCUCGUCGCAAACUCAUAGUCUUUUCUUUUCAGAAGUCUAAUUAUCCAGAUGUCUCGUAAUCAUCAGGGGUUUCCAAUUUAGUAUAUUUUUCCUCAAUUUCAGAACAGUCUCUUCAGACAAUUACUAAAAGCAAAUCAGUAAACAUCAUCAUCACGAUUUCAAUAAUUUUACGCAAAUGUAAAAUAGGUAAAAAUAAAACUUGUGUUCAAUACUUUAUUCGCUAAACAGUGAACUCUAGAGAUUCUUACGUCCAAGACUAUAAUAAUUGUUAGUUCUGUUUAAAAUGUUUUUAACGAGAAUUACUGGACUUUUCAUACUGUACAUCGACUGAUUACCGUUACAUCGAUUGACUAACGGCCGUUUUCAAUAACCUACCCAAGAAUACAGAUAGAUUUUACUAUCUUUACUUUUUCACAAACAAAGAUAAGUGUGAUCUAUCUUAGACUAUGGAUAGAUAGCCUCUUCCCUAGUUUCGAGGGUAGAUCUAUCAAUAGUAAUAGGUCCCGGAGCGACUAGAUCAUUUAACAUGACCUUGAUCUUGUCCAGAUUCAUCCGGAUACCAACACUUUGGGAGGCAGCAUAAAGGCUAUCCAGCAUGUUUUGAAGUUCUUGCAGCGAAGCGAAGGUGCGAAAUUUGCUCGCUUUGUUUUUGCUACCCAUUCUAGCGUUUUAAAAACAUCUUCCAAAGCAUUCGAAAACAGUUUUGGAAAUAAUACAUCCCCCUGUCUCACUCCACGAUGUAAUUGAAUCGGUCUUGUAGACACACCUUGUCUUUGUAUUGAAUUGUCAUAAACGCAGUGAUGUAAAGGCAUUUUAGCACUUUAAUGUAUCCAGCCAAUCAACUUGGGAUCUCCGUAGAGACUCCAUAACAGCCCAGAUUUCAAUAGUGUCAAAAGCUUUCUUAUAGUCCACGAACGCUAAACAAACGAACGAAAGGCUGACUAUACUCGAGAAACUUUUGUAUAACCUACCUCAAUGUGGUCUAUAGUACUGUAGCCACUUCGAACCCGGCCUGCUCUGGUGGCUGAAAAUCGUCGAGUCUUCGAGAUGGGUGGUUUGUAAUGAUAAAAAUCAUUGUUAGAUACUAAUUUUCAAAACACAAAAUUGUAGAUAGGAUAUCGACCAAUUUUGACGGAUAAACUAUCGGUAGCUCCGUCUACAAGACAGUAACAAGAAACUCAUAUUGAAACGCAAGUAAAGACGAUUUGUUUGAGUAUCUCUAGUAACAUAUCCGUCUUCCCAAGGAUAGCUAACAAACUUCGGUAAGGAACGCUAUCUGUCAGUAGGUUAUUGAAAAGCAGAUAAGAACAGAAAGAUAGAUUUGCUUUUUAGUAAGCAAAAUGACGGAUAGAUAACUUCAUUGAAAACGGCCGUAAGAUUAUUUACUGACACUACUUUUCUUCGCUGUAUAUACUGUCCUUUUCAUCUUCCAAGUCUGUUUUUCUUGUUAAUCUUUUUAAUCAAAUUAUCUCUAAGUAUAAGUGGUUCUAUUAGGUCAACUACUCAUUUUAUACUCUGCAGGGCUUAUAAAACCAAAAUGCUUAAAAUUUUGAUCCUAUAUGUUAUAUGCAGACUGAUUUUAAUAAGAAAAUCAUAAUAUCCUUAUCUUAUAAACUGUACUUUUAUGCGCUAUUGAAAUAAUUCCCUAGAGGACGAGAGUACUUAAGAUGUUAAAAGAUACACGCGAAAACCCAAAUAAGUAGAAAUGUUGGCAAAUUACAAAGAUGAUUUGACUUAGAGUGCUAGGUGUUUUACGAACAUAUUAUGUACCUACCUACCUUCAUAUUUAUAAAGAUUUAAAUUGUAAUCUCGAAAAUAUUUUUAAUGUCGACAGUACACAAUGUUGUAUUAACACUAAUAAAUCUAAUCAAUGAACUCGCACAUCACAAAUCAAACGAUAAAAGUCGAAGUCAGUUAAAAUCGAGUUUAAAUAUAGACAAGUAGGUAGGUACACUAUUACAAAGUUGUAAGUUUCCAUGCAAAAAAGAUUUCAAAAGAUUUUUAGUUAACCAAACUGUAAAAAACAAAUAUUAUUUUGAUAAUGAAUUUUUGGACAAUUUUCUGAAUGACAAACGGGCUACUUGCUAGAGCUAAAGUGACUAAACGUGUAGGAGUUUCCACACUCGUACGCUUCUUCUUCGUCUUUCAGCUUCUACCAACGAUCACUACGCUAUACUAGACACGCUAACAUGCAAUAUGAGGUUACUAACUAACAGGAACUACAUCACUCCUGCCGAAAGGCUACUGAAUAAUAUCUACUUAAAAUAUUUGAUAUCCCAUAAAUGUGUUACAACCUAAGUCCACGAGAUCCAAAAGUGUAACACACUUUAUAUAGAACACAUAGGAGUCUGUUAAACUGUCAAAACACCGAAUAAAUGACAGAUUUGAGUGUCACUUUUGAAUACGAAGACAUAGGUUCAGAUUGAAAGCGCAUAGGUGUGCAUACAUUAUAAUCUAUGAUAAUAAAUGUUUAAAUAUUUUAAUCACACUAAAUAUAAUAAACAUAUGCACAUUAUUAUACGAAUAUCUAAAGAUUGAUGUGCGAUAUACAACGAUGCGAGACGAAUAGUUGCGUUUGGUUGCGACUGAAUGUAGUUAUUACCCAAAACAAAUAUUUUAUAUCAAUGUAUAUUAUACUGCUUAUAUAUUCUGUAAGAAAUUAGGGAUAUUUAUUAAAUGCCACAUUUUUAUAUUGAAAAAAUCCAAUAUUUUUGAUUUUUUAUGGUCAAACUUAAGAGGUAAUGAAAAACAUGUUGUAAAUUAAAUUUAGAAAAAAAUUACGGGAUUACUUAUCCUGUAAUUUUCAAUUAAAUUAAAUGAGAAAAUACACAUUCCACAAGAAAUAAAAUAUCAAGGAAUCGCAAUUUCAAUAACUCCUGGCAUUUUUUAAAUAACCCUGUGUUCUUAAUAACAUAACACUCUGCUCUAUAGAUAAUAAGUUUAAUUUAACCACAAUAAUAAUAAUUAAGUAUCACAGAAAACCAGAAUUAUUAUUUUAAAUGGGGAGAACACAUAUUUUGCAGCUGUACGCAACGUUUCGCAUCGUUUUUAGUUGAUAAUUAUAUUACACACACACUAUAAUAAAUGUGUAGAUACAGACUGCACACAAAUGUCAGUCUACCAUUUUAGAUGAGUGUCAGUUCUUAUACUAUUCUCACUCUCACUUAUUUCGAUGUGUCAUUCUAUUAUGAGCCCAAUGGCUUUUGAAAUAAGGUUUCAUGUGACAUACUGUAACUUAUGGGUAGUAGAAUAUGAGUAUGAAUGUAUUUAAGUAAAUAUUUGGCCAACGGAAAUAUACGUAUAAAUGUAAAUAGAUUUAAAAGCUUGGUCCAUUGGUUAAAGGUAUUUUUUUUAAGAAAUUCUACGGUUACGGUAAACGGUUUUUUAAAGCAAUUGUUUUACAAAUUCAGUUCGAUGCCCAGAUUAAGGAAUUUAUUUUUCUAUAUUGUCUUGGUCUGUUUGUAGGCUUGGGCUAGUCAAAACUUUAUCGACAAAAAUUAACGACUGAGCGUUACUUAAGUGACUUUAAAAUGUAUUUUUUCCGAAUUAUUACACUACUACGAGUAUCUUAUAAUACAUCGUCAGUAAAGAUCUGGUGAAUUAAUCACGUUUAAUAAAAUACCUCUAAGGUCUAUAUUUAUGAAUAAGGACUAGGGGCGAAAAAAGAUUGCAUUUUAAAGGGAUAAUAUCUUUUUGGAACUAGGUAAAGAAGACGUAUAUUUCUGAUUGGUUUUCCAUCUAUUUAGAGAAUAGUUACAGUAAGAUGUGAAAUCGACGUUGUGUCCUACAAGAAAGAGUUUAUUAUCCAUAAAUUCUUGUCGAAUUUCACAAUUAUUGUAGAAUUAGUUCGCACAAAUUGGUAUAGACUGGACCGCAACGGAUUGCAAAACACCCUAAUUCUUUUUGUUUUCCAAAAGUUAUUUUUAUGUUGAAUUCUUAAAUAAUAAACUCUUUUGCGGUACGGUCAAUCCUACUACACUCUGGGCAAUAUCUAGCUGCAGAUUAAAUCAACGUAUUGUUUACCUAUGUGUAGCUACGCAGGUGGUAGGUAUCGAUAGUAUCGGUUAAGGUGACUCUCCAGUAAAAAUCUGUAAGCUUAUCGAUAACUUUAUUGACACGAGUUCUGCACAUCACGACAAUAUGUAUACUCCGCUCUGCUCACAUGGUUUAUUGUACGCUUGCAGCUAGAUUUUGCCCACAUAAUAACCACGAUUGUUUAGUAAAACAUUAAAAAAAAAAUUAAUUAAUCGUUUACGUACUAAGUUUUUAGGUAAUGAAUGCGUUAAGAGGGUGCCUUUUUCAACGAUAAAAUCUAGAAUUUAUUAUUAUUUAUUUCCUUUCUUUUACCUAUUUACUAUUUAUUUAUGUAUUUUGGCGCUAAGUGAUGUCUGACAACAAUUUACAGAAAAAAAAUAGAUAGAAAAGGGUAUGUUUGCUUUAAAAAAAAACAAUUGUACUAGUUGUACCAUAGACAUUACAUACUAGGGUUCAUCGUUGAAAAAGGAACUGGUAAAUGUGAAUAUGUAGGUGAUGAAAGUGUAAAUAACAGCCUACUCUACACCUGUGUCGCUCACUGUACAGUAAACUAUAUACUAAAUACUAUUUAUGUAUGAAAUGAUACUGUAAGGUUAUGUCUAAAGUAGAGCCAAUGAGGUAAGAUAAAAAAAACAUUGACAUUAAUCGCGUGGGAGAAACAUGGGCAGUAAGUAUAAUGAGGAAAGGUAGAUUAUGACCCUCAGUAAUGAGGAAUACGAGGAGCAUACGCAAGAAGGAGGGACAAGUAGCAAACAGUCACUAAAAACUAUGGUUACAACUCUACUUUUUUCUAUCAGCUACGGGAUAGGCAAAGAUUGGUGAUUAUACAGCCUUAGUCAAUAUUGAAUUCGUAAGGUGCUUUGGGGUAAUUACGAAAAUGAGGGUAUCCCUAAACCUUCUAAACUAGCCAAUUUCAGACUUAUUUUAUUUUAACUUCAUACGUUUAGUAAAAAAAAAACGUAAAUUUCCAACUAUCCCCAUUUUCGUAAUUACGGGGGUAUUUAUGAAAAUAGGCACUUUAUAAGUAUUAUUUUCUUUAUUGACAUUGUCUAUUUAAUCACUAUGCUUCCUAAUAUGAAAAAAAUAAUAUAAAAUCAGAAAUCACACUAUCAAUGGAGAAUAGUUAUUCAAAAUGUGUUUUGACUAAUUUAAAAUUCUCUCUGCUAAACACGUGGUGACUACAUUUUAUAGCAUUCUAAAUCUUAUCUCGUUGGUCUUACUUUAGUAUCAUUUCUCUCGCAACUCACUAUUCACACUGUAAAUAUUAAGAGAAUAUAUAAAUCACAACACGGUUGUUUUUCGAUUUAAAUUAAACAUAAAAAAAAUUAAAUUGAUGAGGCCUUGAUGAGGAUACGUUAAGAAAUAAAUCGGUCCAGGCGUCUUUGAGUAAUCGGUGAACAUACAUAAAAAAAAGAUUCCAAUGAAAUUAGAACCACUUCCUUUUUUGAAAACGGUUAAAAAGAUGAGGCCUUCAUGAGGAUACGUUAAGAAAUAAAUCGGUCCAGGCGUCUUUGAGUAAUCGGUGAACAUACAUAAAAAAAAGAUUCCAAUGAAAUUGAGAACCACUUCCUUUUUUGAAAACGGUUAAAAAGAUGAGGCCUUGAUGAGAAUACGUUAAGAAAUAAAUCGGUCCAGGCGUCUAUGAGUAAUCGGUGAACAUACAUAAAAAGAAAGAUUCCAAUGAUAUUGAGAACCACUUCCUUUUUUUGAAAACGGUUAAAAAGAUGAGGCCUUGAUGAGGAUACGUUAAGAAAUAAAUCGGUCCAGGCGUCUUUUAGUAAUCGGUGAACAUACAUAAAAAAAAGAUUCCAAUGAAAUUAGAACCACUUCCUUUUUUGAAAACGGUUAAAAAUAUGAGGCCUUGAUGAGGAUACGUUAAGAAAUAAAUCGGUCCAGGCGUCUUUGAGUAAUCGGUGAACAUACAUAAAAAAAAGAUUCCAAUGAAAUUGAGAACCACUUCCUUUUUUGAAAACGGUUAAAAAGAUGAGGCCUUGAUGAGGAUACGUUAAGAAAUAAAUCAGUCCAGGCGUCUUUGAGUAAUCGGUGAACAUACAUAAAAAAAAAGAUUCCAAUGAAAUUGAGAAUCACUUCCUUUUUUGAAAACGGUUAAAAAGAUGAGGCCUUGAUGAGGAUACGUUAAGAAAUAAAUCGGUCCAGGCGUCUUUUAGUAAUCGGUGAACAUACAUAAAAAAAAGAUUCCAAUGAAAUUGAGAACCACUUCCUUUUUUGAAAACGGUUAAAAAGAUGAGGCCUUCAUGAGGGUACGUUAAGAAAUAAAUCGGUCCAGGCGUCUUUGAGUAAUCGGUGAACAUACAUAAAAAAAAAGAUUCUAAUGAAAUUGAGAACCACUUCCUUUUUUGAAAACGGUUAAAAAGACCCCUGUACACCGGUUGUUUAGGUAAGGCAGGAAAAUUGCUAUGAAUUUGGUUUAACUGGAUAGUUCUUAGUGACUAUCUAAAAUGCAUUGUUUAUCAUAAAACCAUAAAAUUAACAGCUAAAAGGAAAAUAUACACAAUAGUUAAUUUAAUUGAUAAUUUUUAUUGUUUGCGCUUUGUAAAUGGAAAGUCAUUAUGAGAUACUGAAUGAUAUUUAUGCAAAAGUAAAGUCAACAAAAGAAAGAUAGGCUUGAACAAUUUUAUGUUUUUUUUUAUUAAACCAUUCAACUGGUGGUUGGUUCUGGCACAGAAAUAUAUAUGUACAAGUACUGGCCGUGAUUAGUUAUCACCUUACCGGCAAAGACGUAUCAUUGCUAUCGUUAAGCAAUUCAGGGUUCCGUUAUGAUGCCACGAAACCAUCAAAGUUAGGAAAAAAAUUUACCUGUUCCAAACUUAUCAUUGACAUAAUUAAUUACUUAAAAUCAGAGUUAACAGUAAAAAAAAAAUCAAUAGGUAAAAAAACGUAUGUGAAGAACCUAAUUGAAUGAACAAAAAAACUAAAUGAAUAUUUUUUUAUAAAAUAAUCCCGCAUAACAUUUUGUUACAUAACUGAGUCUUAACUAGCGGACGCCCGCAAUUUCGUCCGCGUGGAAUUCAGUUUUUCGCAAAUCUCGCAUAAACCAUGGAUUUUUUUGGGAUAAAAGGUUGCUUAAAUGUUAAUUCCGGGUAUUGUCUACCUUCGUUCUCCAAAUCCCAAAUCGGUUCAGUAGUUGCGGCGUUAAAGAGUAACAAACAUCCAAAACAUACAUACAAACAUUCGCAUAAAUAAUUUUAGUAGGAUUUAUUUGAAGUAAAACUCCGUAUUGGGGCGGAGAAGAAUACAUUCCCCAAUCCCACGUCGGGACACAAGGGUGUCGUAAGAGGCGACAGAACCCGACUGGUGGUAGGGCCAUGGGGUCCGAGUGGCGAGAUACCACCCUCCUGCUAAAGACGCAGGUGGCAGGAGCGCCAUUUUAGGGCUGCAAAUUCCACGCGGAGCGUAUUUAGCGUUCUAUCUACUAACUUCAUACGAAUCCGAGGUUUGGACCGUUCUUUGAGCUUUCAUACUUAGGCAUCGUAUAGAGUUAUAGAUGGUUCGAAAGUACGAGAUGAAAAUAAAUACACAGACACUGCGCAGUUAAGCAUUUUUAGAUAUAAGUAGUUUUUAAAUUUUAGUGCGCCUUAGGUGGUGUACUUCGUUAGUUAGGCUUCAAAGUUACUUACUUCUCUUUGGGGCCUUGCUAAUGAUUGAAAAUUGAGUAAAUCGAUACUAGUGCAAUUCAUGGAAUUGAGCAUAUUGUUUCUGGAAGUUAUUUAAAAUUUAUUUUUCAAAAUACUCGCAACAUCAUCUGUUAUGAACAAGCGCACAAUUUUUUCAAUUAUCAAAAUCACUGCUAAUUGGUUUAUUGUUAUAAAUAAUCAUAUGUUACUUAACUUGUAUUUACGGAAUUGUGAAAAUUAUGAGAUUCUUAAACACGCGGGUGUCCUAAAGAGUUUGAGUAUUUACAAGAUGUGAUUUUUAUGAACAAUAAACUAAAAUUAUAGAUAAUGUGACGUUUGGUGCUUUUUUCAUUCGAACCCGUAUAUACUACGAUUUUGGUUCCCACCGCAAUGUUUACUUGUAAUUAGUUUUAUCAGUUAUGUUGUUUCGUUGGUUACGACCUUGAGUGUGAUGUUAUCUAUAUCCCUUUUCCUCCCUCAACUUUGCACUUAGGUCGUAAACCUGAGCGAGGAAAUCAACAGCGUAGUUAUAUUUGGGAAUUAAUUUAAAGUUGCAUUAAUUUGCAUUUUCAUAUCCACUGAACUCGAUUGAUGUAUUGGGGUUUAUUUCAAUUAUAUUUAAUUUGAAACAAUUGUUCGAUUUCAAUGCCUCUAUCGAUUUAAGCAAAUUUCGAUAUUGGUGCAUAUUUUCAAAUAUUUGAGAAAUUGAAUAUUUGUCAAAAAUAAUAAUAAUUACACUGUUAAUUAUUAUUUUUUUGACGCCAAAAUAAUUAAAAUAAAUAAAAAAGGACAUUGUUAGGUAUUCGGUACCUAUAACGAGAUAACUAUACAUAAACAAGUAAAUAUUUCGAAGGUAGGAAAUACGUCAUAAAUAAGAAGAUCGGGAAGAAGUUAGUCGUAUAUCAAUUUUACGUUGCAUGUUCCUAUCUUAUGGCCCAUAUUUUUACAAGAUCAACAAAAAAAAGCUAUACGAUUUUAUUGAAUCAAAAUUAAACAACCAUGUUGUGAUAAACAAUAUUUUUAAGAUUAUAUUUCUAUGUAUAUCUAUUAUAUUAUAUAAUAUCACUAUCGCUGUGUUCGGUUAUAAUAAAAUAUUUUAAAUUUAAAACUUAUGAAAUGGCUAUCCAGUUUUGGAAGCCAUUUUUAUUUUUCCGUUAUGAUUAUUGCUCAUUUUUCUCUUUCCGUCCCUUUAUUUCGACUAUUCAUGUUUUAAAUUGUUUGAGAAGAACACACAUUUUAGAAAUGUGACGCGGGCAGCUUUUUGUAACCGGAAAUUAGGUAACCGGAAACCCGAAAAAACCGGGAAUUGAUAUAAUACGAAACGGACGAAAGUGGCGCCGUCACCUUUUGAAAGUGAUACAUUAAACUAGGCCCCAAUGAAGAUUUCAAGUUUUAAUGCGUUGUUUUUGAGCUUGCGGUUAUUUACAAUAUCAGGCAACCGAUCUUUGGCCGCCAUUUUUAUUGUUUUAAAUGUACAAACAUCUAUUGGUACAUAAGAUAUUUAUUUGCAAAAAUGUACGUAUCAGACAAAAAAAAUCUUAGUACCUAUCGAAAUAUAGAAAGUUUCAUCCAGAUAUUGUAACCGUUUGCAAGGUCAACGAAUAUACUGAAUAUACGAGAAGGUACCUACACUAAAUUAAAUUCAAAUUAUUUAUUUGCAUGAAAAAAUAAGAAUAGAUACAAUGUUUUGCCUUUGCUGGUGAAUAACUUUUUAUACUUAUUUUUGCAAAUACAUAUAAUGUAAUAUAUACAACAAUUAUACAAGAAUUGCUCAAUUAAAUGUACAUAUUUGCAAAUAAAUAUUGCUUUACGCAGCUGUUAUUUUUUCACUAAUUGGCUCAACGCGGCUUACGUUAUUUACUUGAAGCUACAUUGUGGGCUCAAAUGAUGUAUCGUAAACUUUUAAUGGUUACGUGAAUGAUUUGAGUGGAAUAAUAUGAAAUGUAUGAAGUAAUGAUUUCCAUAGGGAUGGGCAUAAUAUAUAAAUAGUAACACCAACUUUUGAUGUUUCUUAGAACGGUGGUUGGCACAGGUGUUUUAACCAAAAGACGCAAGGGCAUGUGCUGAAAUUAUAUAAAUAAUAAAUUUAAAAUAAAAGAACGCCAAUGCAGUGCUUUUUUCAAAGAGGUUAAAAGAAAACAUUAAAAAAUGCUCAAUAAUUCAUUUAUUUGACUCAAAUUUAACACGUAAUACAAUUAACAAAGAAUAUUUAAACAUGGCAAGCUACUAAAUCUGUUUCUUUUUAAAAUUAUAUAUGUAUUUUUAAUAUGUGUUGAGGAAAGCCAACAAAUAAGCAGGCACCUAAUGAUUUAAUCAUAGUUCUUGUCGUGCGAGAAUAUAAUUAUUGUUGUAUUCAUAUAUUAUAUAGGAGGCUCAUGCUAUAAGAUUUUUUGACAUUAAGGCGCUUUUCAGUUCUGAAACUAGUACGACUCGCUUACAGGGUCAAGUUUUGAUGUAAAACAUAACUGUUGUGUUGACAACGGCUAUUGUAUGUCAUUACAACAGCUUGUUGUUACGUCAUCGCGGCAACUAUGAGGUACAAAAUGUCAAAAAUAAUACAGCAUAACCCCCCAAUUGUAGGUGUCACCUGUAGUCGAAAUAUAAUAUACUAUUUUAACUCUAAUUGUUUUAGAUAUAAUAUGUCCUUUUAGAUAUUCUUGGGCUGUGAUGAAGGUUAAGAGAGGUGUUCUUGUUUUAUUAUUUCAAAAUACUGGCAACUAAAACGAUAGCAGCUUUCUAGUUGAAAAAAUAUUGAUAGCAAUCUGAAAAAAAAAUGAACAAAUAGGUCAAUUAAAUCAUUUUACAAAACAUCAAGGACAUAUCGUCAUUAAAUUAAAUUUUUCAACUGAAUCGUUUAAUAUUAAAAACAUGUCAAAAAUAUUCAGUAGAAGUUAAAUCGACAUUGAAACAUAAAAUGCAUUAAUAGCGGAAUGGUAGUGAACCUAUAGAAUUUUUAACGUCAAUCGAUUUAUUCACUCAAUAAUUAUUGUUAAAUGUCAACCAAAAUAAAUACUAGAUCACUACCGUUCCGGGCAACAUGUUACAUCACUAAAUUAAAAAAUAUAUACAUAAUAUCGAAUAGAUAUGUCACGGUUAAAACCAACCAAUAGACUUUAAAAUGUUGGUAUUGUGAAACUUUCUACUAAAAAUAUGUUAACUGAAUUAUCAAUAUUAGACUUAAUUAUAGUUUUAUUUAGUUAUGUUUUAAACUUUAAACGGAAUGUUGUAUUCGGAAGUAAAGCGGAAAGGGAUUUUAAUAAAAUUAUACCCGUA